AUCUGAUCCAGUAAAGUAGACAGCGCGCGCACCACAAGUCCAUAUUCUCACUUUCGGAUACUUCACUAGUACUCACGCACCCUCCUCCGGUAAUUCAGCAUCUCCUGCAGAAGUAGGGCACCAUCCUCCCCUGACAAACCGACGGAGCGUGCAUUAAAAAACUCUCCGGCAGAGAGAGAUAAAGAUAAAAAACAAACACGGAAGAACCGCAUCCUCGCUGCGGGAGGCGAUGCCGUUUCCACACGGACGCAAGUCGAGCGCUCGGACCAUGGACAGCAGCUGCUGAGUGAAGGAUGCGACCAGGCAGAUAUUUCUGAGCUUGGAAAAGGGGAAACCCACUUCAUGUGACCUUCGGGACAUAAAUAUGCUCUGCGGAGACGCAGUCCAGGAGCUGCUAUGGAUGUAGGUCCAAGUAAAAGCAUCAGCACUUUUGACCCAACAUAUCAGGACAGUAUCCAAACACACAGAAGUAAGACCGAAGUCAAUACACAAAAAAAUAAACUUGCUUUACAAAAAUUCCCCUCAAACUUAUAACAACAAAACAUUUAUGCACAUUUUUCUAUAUAUCUGACUUUUUCCUUUUGGAGUAAACGAAAGCAUGAUCGUGGCGAAGUUAUGGGAUGUUUUAACCUGACCACAGGCGCUGCUGUUCCAUGUUAACACGUCGCACCUCUGAACCCACGGUGGUCCCUUUCCCGUUUCUCUGGACCCUCGUAAAUCCCCUCUCGGUCGCGCGCCUGCCAUGCGUGCACACACGGGACUCCUCUACCUGCUGGUGCACGUGCUGGCGAGAGCAAGAGGCCAGUACGACCUGUGCAAGUCUCUCGUGAGCACGGACGAAGGUUCCGUGUGGGAGCAUUAUGCGUGCCAACCCAAAGCCCAGGCCAUGAAGGAGUACAUGCGCAUCCGCGUCGAGCCGCCGGGCAUCACCUGCGGGAACCCACCGGAGAGAUUCUGCACCCUGGAGAAUCCAUAUCUCUGCAGUGAUGAAUGUGACGCAUCUAACCCUGACCUGGCUCACCCGCCGCAGCUGAUGCAGGACCGCGAGCGCAGCGGCCUCAUCACCUACUGGCAGACGGUCACGUGGCGGCGGUAUCCCGAGCCUCUUCAGGCCAACAUCAGCCUGUCCUGGAACAAAACCCUCGAACUCACCGACGACAUUCAGAUCACCUUCGAAUACGGCCGGCCCACCAUCAUGGUGCUGGAGAAGUCGCUGAAUUUCGGCCGCACGUGGCAGCCCUACCAGUACUACGCCGACGACUGCGUGGACUCGUUCAACAUGCCGGCGAGACGAGCGCGCGACCUGACCGUGGCCAACAUCACGCGCGUCAUCUGCACGGAGCAGUACUCGCGCUGGGUCGGGUCCAAGAACGAGAAGGUGGUGCGGUUCGAGGUGCAUUCCCGCUUCGCCAUUUUUGCCGGCCCGAGGCUGCUGAACAUGGAAGGCCUGUACACGCGGAUGGAGAGCAUGAAGGGUUUACGGGAUUUCUUCACGUUCACCAAUCUCAGGCUCCGCCUCCUCAAGCCCGCUCUCGGAGGAACGUACGUCCAGAGAGACAACCUGAUGAAAUACUUCUACGCCAUUUCUAACGUGGAGGUGCUGGCCAGGUGUAGAUGUAAUCUCCACGCAUCUCUGUGUUUGUAUGUGGACGGCAACUUACAGUGUCAAUGUGAACACAACACGACCGGACAGGACUGUCAGCGCUGCAAAAAAGGAUUCAAAGCCAAGACCUGGAAAUCAGGAUCCUAUAUACCAACACCCAACGGAUCCCCCAACACAUGUUCUCAGGCAUUGGCUGGUUCUUCUUCUGGUUCCAAUUGUGAAUGUAAUGGACACUCGAAUCGCUGCAGUUACAUCGACUUCCUGAACAUAGUGACGUGCGUGAGCUGCAAACACAACACUCGUGGUCAGAACUGCGAACACUGUCGCAUGGGCUUCUACAAAAACACCUCUGCAGAGCCCGACGACGAGAAUGUGUGUAUCGAGUGUAACUGUAAUACGAUGGGCUCAUUGCACGACCGCUGUAAUGGAACCGGUUUCUGUCAGUGUAAAGAAGGCACUAACGGAGUCAAAUGUGAUGAAUGUCUCCCCGGUUACUACUGGAAACAGGGUUGUUUUCCAAACGUGUGUGACGAUGAGUUACUCUUGUGUCAGAACGGGGGGACGUGCGUUCAGAAUCAGCGCUGUAGCUGUACGCUGGACUUUAAGGGUGUUUUGUGCCAACAGUCGCGCUGCGACGGAGGCAAAAAGUGCAACGGUGCCAGCGCACUCACGCUGAGCCUGGCACUUCUGCUCUGCCCGCUCCUCGCCACCCUGCUGGGCUCCGCCGCCUCCUGAGAGACCCCUGCUUCCCCACCAGCGGGCACCGAGAGGGCCAGAUGCUCAGCUUUGCCCUCUACAGGGUGCAGAACGCCCUGCAGGACAACAAGAACGAGAAACAAAGACUCUCGUAGAGCUGGAAAUCAACGGAACUCAAAAUGUGCGCCUCACAUAUACGCUGAGGACGAAUAAUACCAAAAACACACACACUACACACACACAAUCAACAAGAAGUGAGCUUCUUGCGCAAUAGCUGCGAAAUGUAAUACAAACCGCACUUCCUUCACUCUGAUUGGUCAGCGUAGGGGGCGUGUCCUCACAGUGAUCGGCGACUGUACGAUGUUUUCUGGAAAGGUCCAGCUUCAUGUUUUUUUUUACACUCCCUUGCUGCAGUUUUUAACAUUCAGAUGUAUGUAACGAGCACUCACUGCUAUUCGCUAAAAAGCAAAGAGUAUGAUAUUAUUGUGUUAUAUCAUGACUAUUAAGAUUUUAGGCACUGUACCGCUGGUUGUUAUAGGAAUGUUUGUCGCCACAGUUAGAGAUCAUUGAUAUUUACGAAGUAUUCAGGACACGAACACGCUAUCCAACUCGCAAGAGAAGAUAUCUAAUCAAAUGGAAUUAUUAUAAAUCCACAUUAUUUGACUAUUUUUGGUAGAGAAUAUUUUUGUUUUGGAUCUACAUAAGAGGCAGAAGUUUUAUUACACUGUAAACUUUACAGCACAUGUAUGAGAAUCUAUAAGGUAUGGUUUACAUUGUCAGGUAUUACCGAGGAUGAAUUUAAACACUUAAUGUACCAAGCAGAAUUUAUUAGAUGGCAAACUCUACUGAAAUGUAUGGGAUGGGGAUUAUUACACUUUAUGGUUAACAGAUUUACAAAACUAAAAAAAAACUGAAUGAAAUUUUAUGACACUGUAAAACUUACAGUAAAUGUGACUGUUACUUGGCCACGUUUCAGUUGUUUCUGUGUGGAUAAUUUCUUCUUCAUCACAUUUCAUAACAAUAACUUUUUUCCUGACAAUAAUUUUAAAAACAUAAAUUAAGCAUAGCCAAUUUAUAUGAAUUCUAAAACUCAGUCCUUUUGAACUUUAAAAAAAACAUGUUUGUGUUGUAAUUAAAGAAAUAUUACUAUAAAAGGGAAUAAAGGACUUUCAGGCAAAAAAGGACAGUAAUGGCAAAAUAACAGGAUGGAAAUAAAG